UCUUCUGUUGAAGUACACUUAACUUUGACUGUACUGAGUCGUCUUGGAAUAAUAUUUGUGAAUAUUUAAUGUGCAUGGGCAAAGUUCUAGCAUAAGAAGAACGAAAGAAGACAUCAAAAAACUUUAAGAAGAAUUCAAACGUUAUUCAACCUCUUAGAAUUUCCUUGUUUGAACUUUUAAUUAUUGAAUAUCUUUCUAAAGUUAAAUCUCUCUUAAUUACCUUAAUCACUCUAUUCUGCAUUAAUACCUUAAAUCUUUUCUCUCUCUCUAUAUAUAUAGAUUUACAUUCGUAUUAAAUCUCCACAAACCUAGAGAAAAAGGUCUCUUUCUCCUUUCUGUUUUCCUCCUCUCUCUCUCUCUGUUAUAUAAUUUCUCUUCAGCUUCUUUGCUAAGUAAUGGAGUCGUCCCGCGUCAACUCAACCGGCGGCGAACGCGACGGAAAUGCGACGGAGGAGAAUCUGUCUCCGGCGGAGAUGUAUCCACGAGGUGAGUCUCAGUUCCAACCGGACACUCAUAGAGCUCUCGACGAACAGCUGUCUCGAUUCCCGACUGGUGUUGAUGUCGAAACCCUAGAUUCCUCUUUCGCUAUGCUCUCCCUUCGUCAGCAGAAUCGUUGGACCAAUCGAUCGUCACUGCAGCAAAAUCAAGGGAUCAAUGGCGGCGGCGGGGGUUGGUCUCUUCCUCCUCAGCGUGAAGUAGGUUUGCAGGAGAUGAUGAAUCACUACUUUCAAAGAACAUCGCCGUCCCUGAACGAUUACGUUAACGACGGAGGAUCGUAUGGGCAGAGUAGUGUUUCGCCCGACUUGUCGAGAGGUCGCGACAAUGGGUUUGGUUCUUGGAGGAGCAACGAAGGUUUCGUGAACGCGAGAAUGGGACCCAUUGCUUUGCUUGCUUAUAAGGAUCCAAAAUCGAGCCUUGUCUUGCAGGAGAAGAUCGAUGAGUGCUCCAAGGAGACAAUUGAUGUGAUGUUCAACGAUGUUAUCUCUAGCAUCUAUGAGUUGAUGGAACACCCUUUCGCUUCUCAAGUCCUUCACAAGCUUAUGCACAAGUGUAGCUCUCAACAGAUCAGUCAUAUUAUCGAUGUGAUCACUCUGAACCAGUUAGGAUUUAUUAAGAUGUGCAUUGAUCCUGUCGGAACCCGUUCGAUACAGUCGCUGUUGAGGUGUCUUCAUUCCGAAGAACAAAUUUUGCGGGUAGUUGGAGCUGUUAGCAUGGGAGUACUUUCAUUUACAAGGAGCAACGGUGCUAAACAUGUGAUUAUGCAAUGCUUCAACCAGUUUCCUCCCUCGUUGAAUCGGGAUCUUAUUGAAGUUUUAGCUCAGAACUGUUUCGGGUUAGCAAUUGACCAACAUGGCUGCUGCAUGCUUCAGCAAUGUCUUGGUACUAGUUGUGAGGUGCUAACGAAACGUUUGAUUCGUGAGAUAAUCAGUAAUGCGUUGAGCCUCUGCGUGAACAACUUCGGAAACUACGUGGUGCAGUAUGUAGUGGAGCUGAAUGAUCCAAACAUAACAAUUUUGCUCGUGCAACAGCUGUUUGGGAACUACGCGCGCCUCUCCCGUAACAAAUACGGAAGUCAUGUUGUGCAGAAGUUCUUGAAAAUACACUAUAUCGACCAUAGCAUGAUCGUAUAUGACUUGCUCAAAGAUAUUGAUACACUUCUUGUAGACCCUUUUGGAAACUAUGUCAUUCAAACUGCAUGGUUUGUGUGUGAGGACGUAUUGCGCGCCAUUUUGAUGAGGCAUAUAGAGCGUAAUAAACCAUUGAUGAGGUGCAACAAGUUUGGGAAGAAAGUUCUGGAUAAACUCGAUCUCUAGAGCCAAAAGUUAAAAGAAAGAAAGAAGAAUGUAUGUGCUUAUCAUAAUUGUUUUGUUGUGUCAUUGUUGAAUUUUCUAGGUGAGGCUUUUGUUUUGUGGAACAAUAUGUUUUUGUUACAUAACCAAAAAAUAUUGUCCUCACCAGUAUGUUUUGUCCUGUCUUUGUCUUGAGAGAUUUAUGUUUUUGUGUUUGUUCGUUACCUAUUAUAUAUGUGUAAAAGACUCGAGACUAUUUUCUAAUUCUAGUUCUGUUUAUUGUC